GUACGAAGAAUCGGAGGUUAUGAAUCGCCGCGCAUUAGAGGGGUACGAGAAAUGUUUUGGAUCGGACCACCCUAAUACUUUGAUGGUUGUCAACAACCUAGCUCUAGUACUGCAGGAUCAAGGGAGGUACGAAGGAUUAGAGGUGAUGAACCGCCGCGCAUUGGAGGGGUAUGAGAAAUGUUUUGGAUCGGUCCACCCUGGUACUUUGAUGGCUGUCAACAACCUGGCUCUGGUGCUGCGGAAGCAAGGGAGGUACGAAGAAUCAGAGGUGAUGAAUCGCCGCGCAUUGGAGGGGUACGAGAAAUGUUUUGGAUCGGACCACCCUAAUACUUUGACGGCUGCCAACAACCUGUCUAUGCUGUUGCUAAAGCAGAGAAAGUUCAUCGAAUCGGAGAUACUGUUCCGGCGUGUCCUAGAAGCCAGAGAGAAAGUUUUAGGCAUAGACCACACUAGUGUACUGUCGACUAUUAACAACCUAACCUUAGCACUUAAAUCUCAGGGAAA